AGCGUUCGAAGAGCACGAGAAGACGACUUACGCGCGCGAGAGGCCAUCCUCUCCCGCUUCUCAUCCGCAUGCGAAGAUGAUAAAAGCAUGUUAGGAGGUAGCGGCCUGUCGUAGUCCUCCUUUCGGGAUCGGCCCAGAAGGAACGCGUGAAAUUUCAACGACAACCGGGAUGGCCUCAAGACCGAUCGUCCAUCUACUAAUCGCCUGCGGCAUUUUCGUCGCGACGACAUCGCUCAAUCAAAAUGCCAGGUUCUCGAAUCAACUGUUUGACAAUCAGUUGAAUCGCAACCAGCAGCAAUUCUCCCCGAAACGCGGAACAUCCGCGUCCUGUCCGGAGAGGAACGGCCGUUUUCCGGUGCAGAAUCAAUGCGAUGCUUAUAUCGAGUGUAUCGAUGGGGUUGCCGAAGAAAAGCUGUGUCCUGAAGGCUUAUAUUUCAAUCCUGAAGCUCGUUUCAACUAUCCUUGCGGAUAUCCGAUCGACAUAGAUUGCACCGGCAGGCCAAACUUGCAGACGGCAAACCCGACCGAGGACUGUCCCCAUCAGUACGGCUAUUUCAAGAUCGGCGAUUAUCAGCGUUGCGGACAAUUCAUGAAUUGCGUGGACGGUCGGGGUUACGUCUUCGAUUGUCCGGAAGGUCUGGCUUUUAAUCCAGAGACGUAUCGAUGCGACUGGCCGGAUCAGGUGCCGGAUUGCGACGCCGAGGCUUUCCUCGGCUUUCGCUGCCCGGAGGUGAAAAGUGGCCCCUUCCUGGAUGCUGGGAUUAAAUUUUACCGCAGCAACGCCGACUGCCAUCACUAUUACAUCUGCGUGAACGGCCGUCCACGAUUGCAGAAUUGCGGCGAGGGGAACGCCUUUAACGAGCUCAUCGACACUUGCGAUGCCGCGGAAAAUGUCACCGGCUGUGAACACGAAGCGAUAGCAAGAACUACUCCGACAUAUAAACAGACGAGGCUUUUUUAAAUUCGAGUGGAGUUGAAGAGUAAAAGCAAAGAUUGACAGCGCAAUAAUACGAAAAGAAUAAUAAUCGAGAGUUGCAAGAGUAAUGAGAUGUGCAUCAAAUUUCAUUAUGUAAUACGACGUAUUUUAAUACAAGAAAAUUGAAUAUUUUUAUGAUGCAAAUGAUUGCAUACAUGCAAAUUAUAUUAAUGGAGGACAAAUAUAUAAAAGAUCCAAUUUUUUACACAAUAUAUUAUA